AUGAUUAUUCUUUUUCUCAUUUCCUUGAGUUGUGGAACGACAAUCUUGCCGUUAUUUGAUUUGGGAGGUUUAGACAAUCCGCAAAUUCCUAUUUUAUUAGUAGUUUGUAAAGAUCUAACCGCACAAUGUAAUCAACUCCAAAGAAUAGUCAACAAAACGCAAGAAGCAUUAAAACUAGAAUUUCCCGAAAUAGAUAGUUUUGUGACGACAUCACACGAAUUAUUCAAAUUAGAAAACGACCCAGCUAUGGUUUUAUUACGACCGAAAGAACCUUUAAUUGAAUAUAAGGAAGCGUGGCAAACGAGUGUUAUGACGGAAUGGGUUUUUCAUUAUAUCAGCCCCGCGACUAAAAAAGUGAAAAGUAUAAUUGAAUUGGAUGAAUUAUUAAAUACAAAUGAAGGAAUUUUUGUGGUGUUUUAUUCCACCAAAAACGAGAUCGAAGAAAUGAGUGAAUUUGAACAAAUAGCUGAGGUUUCGGGGAAUUCAGAAACAUUUUUCGUUUCGGCGGUUGGAGAAGAAUUUUCGUUUUCGAUAGAUAACGGACGAAAUUAUACUGUGAAAAUUACACAGAAGAUGAAUAACUUUACUCAUACAUUUGAGAUGAAAAGUGAGGGAAUGAAGGAAUUUAUUUUUAAUAAUAUCUUUCCAAUCUUCACAAAUUUUGACCAAGAGUAUAUUAGUGAUAUUAAUAAUAGAUAUCUCUUAUGGAUGUUCUAUAACAAAACGAGUGAUGUCAAUCUCGAAAAAGAAAUAUAUGAGAUUGCGAUAGAAAAGAGAAACGUUUUGGUCGCGACUAAAUUCGACGUUUUUAACUUCCCCGAACAGAUGGAAAAAUUUGGACUGAAGGAGGCACCAGCAAUCGCACUUUUACACAAAAAUCAAAGAACGGCAUACCCAUAUAAUGGGACUUUGGAAAAAAGUGGAAUCACAAAUUUCAUUGAAAAUGUUUUAGAAGGAAAAGUGCCUGCUUAUUUAAAAAGUCGAAACCAAAACGAAAUUGUUGAGAGUAAUGAAAUCAGUUCGAAUGAAUUAGAGAAAAUAAAAAACGAAGAGAAGUGUAUGAUUGUAGUGGCUGCCACGUUGCGGGCAUACAAAAAGCGAGUUGUGGAGCCGUUAAUAAAACGAUUACAAAACGUAAAGAUCUAUUUCUUAGAUUUGAACACCGAUGAAUUACCCGAAAGUUAUGAAAUCGACGAAGUCCCUUUUGCUCUAAUUUUUUCUACAAAAGAUAAUAAAAAACAAAACGUCAUAAUCAACGAAGGAAAAUUAAUCACACAAGACGCGUUAUCUUCCAAAAUGAGUGAGUUGUGUGACGGAAUAACAGACAGUGGACAUGUUGAAGUAGUUGGUGAAGAUACAAUCACCGAAGAUUAUAAAGGAGAGUUUGACGAAAUGAUGAAGAAUUUAGGGCUUGCAAACGCAGAUUUGGAAGAUUUUGAUUUGGAAGAAAAUAGUGAAGAGAGUGAAGAAGCAAAUAAAAUCAUAGAAGACUUAAUUAAGAAAAUGCAAGAGGACAAUAAUACACAGAACAUCAACAUCGAUGAAGACUGGAAUGUGAAUGGAAUUGAUGAAUCGAAGAAAGGGAGUGACUUUAUAAAUGAAGACAGUCAAAAUGAGAAGAAAGAUGAUGACAUACAGAAAGAGAAGGAUGAACUUUAA